CACUGUCAGUGUCAAGUACUCGUGUAUCAUAGUUUUUGGAUAUUUCCUAAAAGUUUAUAGUUUAUUCUUAAUUUCCAUGAAACAUCAUAAUUAUGGAUGCGUAUGAUAUCUUUAAAAAACUGACAAAAGGCUUGAAAUUUAAAUAUCGGGUUUUAGGUGUAAAAAAUGAUACUCAGAAUUCUAAGAAAAACGUCAAAGAAGGAGUAGAAAAGAAACACGAAGCUGAGGAAGUUAAAGAAGAAAUAGAUAUAAAAGAAGAAAUAGAGGAUAAUGAUGAAGUUGUUUUGACUAACAGUGACAAUGAAUCUGAGAGUGAAAAAGAAGAUUUACAGAUAGUAGAAGGUGUAAAAUUUGGUGAAAAGAAGAAAAAGGAAAAGAAAAAUAAGCCAGAAGACUUAAAAAAGAAAUUGGAAUUAGAAGAGCAAAACCGUUUUCGUAAUGAACAUGGUAUAAAGGCAGUUGGCCGACACAUACCAAGUGCACUGAAAGAUUUUGCAGAACUAACUACUAGAUAUAAUGUCAAGCCUACCUUAGUAGGUACAGUGACACAGUGUGGAUAUACAGAGCCCACACCUAUACAGAGGCAAGCACUGCCUUGCAUGUUGGAGGACCGUCGGAUACUAGCGUGUGCCCCAACUGGGUCUGGUAAAACAGCAGCCUUCCUAUUACCAUUGUUUCACGUAUUGGGUGGAGCGCAAGGAGGUCCCAGAGCACUAAUCCUCUGCCCCACAAGGGAACUGGCACACCAGAUCUACCGUGAAGCUCUACGUUUGGGUGCCUCUACGUCACUACGAUGUUCAGUUGUUAAAAAUGUCAAAGAAAACAAAAUGAAAGAACGGGAAGCUACUAUAAAGAAAAGUGAUAUUGUCAUAAGCACUCCAAAUCGUCUAUGUUACUUGCUGAAUCAAGAUAAUUGCACUAUUUCUUUAGACAAGGUGAGGUGGGUGAUAAUAGACGAGGCGGACAAGUUGUUCGAGGGCAGCGCGGAGCAGGCGGGGGACUUCAGACAGCAGCUGCAGCGCGUGGUGGAGGCGUGCGGGGGCCGGCAGCGCCGCCUCGCCAUGUUCAGCGCCACGCACACGCCCGCACUCGCCAAGUGGUGCCGCCACAACCUCCGGGGACUCAUCUCUAUCACUGUCGGACAGAGGAACGCGGCGACGCAGCUGGUGUCGCAGCGGCUGCUGUACUGCGGCAGUGAGCGCGGCAAACUGCUCGCCUUCAGACAGCUCGUGCAGGCCGGACUCAAACCUCCAGUACUCGUGUUUGUGCAGAGCAAGGAGCGCGCGCGGGAACUGUUCAAGGAGCUACUGUACGACGGCAUCAACGUGGACGUCAUACACGCGGACAGGACGCAGGCGCAGCGUGACAACGUGGUGCGCAGUUUCCGCGUGGGGAGCGUGUGGGUGCUCAUCUGCACGGAGCUGAUGGGGCGCGGCAUUGACUUCCGCGGCGUCAACCUCGUCGUCAACUACGACUUCCCGCCCUCCGCCAUCUCAUACAUACACAGGAUAGGGCGAGCGGGGCGCGCGGGGCAGCCGGGGGAGGCGGUCACCUUCUUUACGCAGGACGACGUCGUCAACCUCAGGAGCAUAGCAUCAGUGCUGAAGCAGUCAGGGUGCGAGGUGCCGCAGUACACGCUGCAGCUGGCCAGGGAGCGCGCGCGCGCUCGCUGCAGGCAGCACCACGCGCCCUCCAGGGAACACAUAUCCACCGCGCUCCGCAAACCUGACAAGAGAAAACUUGAAGAUGACAAUAAAGAAAAAGAUCAAGAAAAUGCUAAAGAUACAAAUAGCGUGAAAGACGCAAAGAACAAAAAACAUAGGAAAGUUUCUAAUACAGGAGAGGGAAAGCAUCGUAAUAAAGAAACCAAACAAAAACCUAGACAGAAGAAUGACAAGAACAAAGAUGGCGGACACAAGAGAAACAAGAAGAUAGAUAAAAAAGAAAAGAAACUCAACAAGAGGAAGAAGAAAUCAUUCUCAAAACCAGCGGCGUCUAGUUAGUGAAAUAAACGAUGUUUUUACUAUUAUACA